UCAAUACAUCCUUACUUUUAAUAGCGUAAUUGAUCACUCAUUUUACAGCAACAUUUUUGUUAAUAAACUGCAUGUUUAAACUGCGUUUAUUUCAGUACAAUAAGAAAUGACUUAAUCGUGGAAGAUUUUGCGGGAAGGAACAUGCCGAUUAUAAGUAUUAUUCGAUCAAGAUGACGUCAGAUAAGCAAACAAGAUCAUCUUCCUGGCUAUUGCGAUCAUGUAAAAGAAGUCGAUUUAAAGUGGAAUUGUUAUAUGUCGUAUUGGGAUAUCUUCUAACAUAUUGCUCCGCUAGAAACAAUCCUCCUAGAUUUCUUAUAGACGGACAGACGGAAAUUGUUCUCAGAUUGAAGGAGGGGCCUGAAACUCCGAUUGGUAGCUUAAUUUAUAAGCUUAAAGGUAUCGACCCAGAUAAUGAUAUAUUGACUUUCGACGUUCGAGAUCAGCCUGACAUUAACGACAAUGUGCCGAUUUUUCGUCCACAUCCUACCUCAUUAACACUUCGGGAGGAUUCGCGCCCGGGUAUUUUAACAACGGUGGAAGCCACCGAUGCAGAUUUGGGUGCUCACGGUCAAGUAGUGUAUUACCUUCAGGAGUUGGAUGGUGAUAACAACGUUUUCAGCAUAUCGACCGUCAAUGGCAAAGGCGUUAUACGCUUAGUGGGUUCUUUGGAUUACGAACGAAAGUAUCUGUAUCAACUGCGGAUUUUGGCUGUAGACCGUGCGAUAAAUGAAAAGGUAAAUACGGGAACGACCGCGAUUUUGAUUAAAGUGCAGGAUGUGGAGGACCAACCGCCGGAAUUCAUAGCCAUGACACCCGUCGCAAGAAUCAGCGAAAAUGUCAGAAUUGGCACAUCCGUUUUGCAAGUUCGUGCUGUGGACGGUGAUAAGGGGAUAAACAACAAAGUGACUUAUAGCAUCACGAAGGGACCGAGAUAUCUGUUCGAUAUUGAUGCGACUUCCGGUCUCGUAUUCACGAGAGCGCAAUUGGACAGGGAGGCCGAGGAGAAUAGCGAUGGGACUUUCAUUCUAGAAAUUACGGUGAAGGAAGUAUCGAAGAUUAACCCGCCGCCGUCUGUCAGUACCGAGGUAACCAUUAUUCUCACUGACGUAAAUGAUGAAACGCCGACAUUUCGAAGUAUGCUAUACCGUGCCGAGAUAAAUGAGAACGCACCGGAAAAUACACCAGUCAAUUUUAUUGGCGAUGCGGUACCAGAAAUUUUCGAUCAUGAUUUGGGUACGAAUGGCACGUUCCAAAUAUUCAUUGAAGGUGAUGGUGGAAUAUUUGAUGUUACGCCAUUUCGUGGGAUUAAUGAAGCGCCAUUUUUAAUUCGCGUUAAGGAUUCGAGCAAACUUGAUUUUGAGAAAAUAUCUGUGGUAAAUUUUACUCUCGUUGCGAAAGAAGUCACACCGGUUUCGCCGAAAUACAGCGCGGUACCGGUAACAGUUUUUAUAAAAGAUCAAAAUGACAAUUAUCCCGAGUUCACAAAGAGUAUCUACGAAGUGUCGAUACCAGAGAAUUGUGUCGAGGGAACGACUGUGGCUUGGGUGCAGGCUUUGGACGGAGAUAGCGGUAACUUUGGAACGCAUGGAAUACGAUAUACAACUUUAGGCGGUAGCAUUGCACACGCAUUAGCAAUGGACCCUCUCACCGGCGUGAUCACGGUCAAACAUCCUGGACCCAAUUUUGAUCGCGAAUUAGUUGCACGACAUUUUCUCACCGUUGAGGCACGAGAUCAUCUUGGAAAAGGGAAUCGCAACGCUGCGCAAUUGAUAAUUAAUAUCGAUGAUGUUAAUGACAACGCUCCUAUAUUUUUGCAAAAUAAGUAUGAGGCGGUGUUAUUGGAGAACGAAGAUCAUUUUGAAUCGCCUCUGAUCGUCGAAGCAUCCGACAAUGAUUUAAAUGGGACGCGAAAUAGUGAGAUUGUCUAUGCUCUGGUAUCAAGCGAAUUCUCCCGAAAUUUCACCAUUGAUCCAAAACGUGGAGUUGUUACUCCCAUCCAUCCCCUAGAUUACGAAGCUCUACCUAUCAAUCAAGGACACAAAGAAACAAUUAUACGACAAUUGAAAUUGACGGUGAGAGCUAGAGAUAUGGGUACACCGAGUCGAACUUCUGAUGUUCCUUUGAUUGUUUAUUUGAAAGAUAUUAACGAUAAUGCCCCAGUUUUCGAAAGAGUUUUGUAUAAGAGAAGCAUUUCAGAGGAUUUACCCGGUGGCACAAGCGUUGUACAAGUGAAAGCCUGGGACAAAGAUUUGUCGUCGCCAAAUAAUAAAUUAGUUUACCGGAUUCAGAGCGGAGCCGGAGACAAGUUUGUAAUUAGUCCCGAGACAGGUGUGAUCCGAGUUGCGCCGGGUUCGAAUUUAGAUCCGGAUCUCACGUCACCGAAAACCACAAGAUAUAACUUAAAUGUUAUCGCUAUCGAUAGCGGGACGGAAGUUCAACGGACGGCCGAAGUUCUAGUGAAUAUCACGAUUCUAGACGUCAAUAACAAGCCGCCAGUUUUCAUCGAUCCUGGGACUGUCACCAUCAGAGAAAAUACUCAGGUCGGUGCUUACGUACAUCGCAUAAUGGCGCAGGAUCCAGAUGUAGCUCCGAUCUUACGUUAUCGAGUAGAUCCCAAUUCAUCAGAAGCUCGAAAUGAGGAGGGUACUUUGAUUAAAGUGCAAGAAUAUGACUAUCUAGCAGCGUUGGAGUUAAAUGCAUUAGACGGUUUGCUGCGUAUUGUAAGACUAUUGGAUAGGGAAAAAGUAGAAACUAUCAGACUAGGACUUGUAGUCGAGGAUUUGGCCGCGAUAAGAGGCUUACAAACUGCAUCCGCCACGCUGAGUAUAAUUAUUGAGGACGAGAACGAUAAUAAUCCUAAAUUUCGAAGACCGUUUUAUAGACGUUCUGUUACCGAGAAUAGUAAAAACGGCGUUAAUAUCGCGAAUAUCGUCGCUGACGACGCCGAUAAAAAUCGUAGUAUCACGUAUUCUUUGCAAGGCCCAAAAGAAAUCACUGAUCUUGUACAUUUGGAUCCUGAAACCGGAGAAAUGGUCGUCGCUAACAAAAUCGACAGAGAAAUGUAUUCGUGGCUAAAUUUAACUGUUAAGGCCACGGACUCUGGAAUUCCAUCUCGAUCAAGUUUAUCGGAAGUGUAUGUUCAAGUCUUAGACGAAAACGAUAAUAAUCCGUAUUUCAUAUCAAAUAUCAGUAAUGUAACUGUCAUCGAGAAUUCAAAAAUUGGCACGGAAAUCAGUGUUAUACAGGCAACAGAUUCCGAUAGUGGAGAUUAUGGAAAAAUUACUUAUCUUUUAGAUAGAAUGUCAUCUCAGGGAACUUUUGCUAUCCAUCCAGAAACAGGAUCGUUAACAGUGGCUGAUAUUAUAGACUGGGAGAUCAAACAUAGUUAUGUUUUGGUCAUAGAAGCUUGGGAUAAUUAUCAAUUUGGUUAUACUGCGGGAGAGUCUCGAAAUGCGUUUAAACAGAUUCAAAUUACAGUUAUUGAUGUGAAUGACAAUGGUCCGAAAAUGGAUCUACCUCAAGACUGUAUAUCGAUAUCUGAAUUUCAUGAUAUACGAGAGUUAAUUUAUGUUAUAAAAGUGAAGGAUGCUGAUGAUCCAAUGACACCGAAUGGACGCGUUAUAAUUAGGAUCACUUCCGGCAAUGAAUUAGGUUUAUUUAUAUUGGAACAAACUGAUUAUUGGACAGCAAAGAUAAAAGCUGCUUUGCCAUUGAGAGGAAAAUUCGGGAAUUACACGUUAAAUAUCGAAACGCGCGAUCUGGGAACUCCGUCCAAUAAGGACAAUGGAAUUUUGAAGAUAUGCGUCACGGAUUAUAAUGAUAAUCCCCCUUUAUUUGUCAGUCCCCAACACAAUACCACCAUCCGUGUUCCAGAGAACAUAACAGUAGGAAGUUCAGUUAUUCAAAUUGAGGCGAGAGAUGCUGAUACGGGAUUAAAUGGCGAUGUGCAUUAUCGUUUGAAACAGGACCUCGCGGGUCAUUGGAAAACUUUUCACAUCGACGAGAAAACCGGCGUAAUAUCAUUAAACUUACCGCUCGAUAGAGAAACUCAGAAAUUAUACGAGAUACGAGUUGAAGCAUACGAUUUGGGUACUCCGACGCCUUUAAGUUCAGAUCUCGAUCUAAUUAUUUAUGUGCGCAACAUCAACGAUUUCGAGCCACAAUUUUCAGUGAGCACUUUUAAUAUCAACUUCACGGAGGAACAACUACCAGGAUCGGAGAUGGCGUUACUUCCAGAUACGUUUGACAAUGACGAUGUUGACGAUUUGGACGAUCCUCCCACUCAAGUCUGUUAUUUCAUAGUUGGCGGAAACGAUGAUGGAUUAUUCGUUUUAGAUAUUUAUAAACACGAACUCAGUACUGCCAAAUUGCUAGACAGAGAACAACAAGAAGAACAUGUGUUACUUAUUAAAGCAACGGAGGAUUGCAAGACCGUGCCGGAGAAUGAAACAACAUUCGAUAAAACCGAUGCCACUUUAUUACAAGUUGUCGUAAAAGUUGAUGAUAUCAACGAUAAUGCACCGCAGUUUAUUAAAAAUGUUUUUACGGGUGGCGUUACCACCGAAGCCGACUUUGGCACGCAAUUUAUGCAUGUUAAGGCAACUGAUGCGGACGCUGAUGACAACGCUAUACUCAGUUAUUAUCAAGUGGGCAAAAUUCAUAUGACAUUAACUGAAGGUUUCGAAGAUAUGCAAAUGCAACCUUUUUUAGUAAAUAAAGAUGAUGGAGCAGUGAGUCUUAAUUUUGAUCCUCAACGAGGGAUGAAGGGCUAUUUUGAUUUUAUGGUACUUGUUAACGAUACAUAUGGUUUGCAAGACACAGCGAGAGUUUUUAUCUAUUUAUUACGAGAAGAUCAACGGGUUCGUUUUGUUCUCCGUCAACAUCCGCCAGAAGUCAGAAGUAGAAUUGAAACUUUCCGAGAAAUUUUGGGUAAUGUUACCAGUGCUAUAAUUAACGUCGACGAAUAUAAAGUGCAUGAAAAUCAAGAUGGUUCUGUAGAUAGAACGAAAACGGAUUUAUAUUUGCACCUCGUGAAUCGUCGAGACAAUUCGAUCCUCGAAGUAUCCGAGGUCCUUGAAUUGGUCGACAGGAACAUCGAGAAACUCGACAAUCUAUUCAAGGAGUUCAACGUCCUCGACACGCAGCCAGCGAAACCCGAACCGAUUAUACAGUACGAACAAGCCGGAACGACUUUCUGGCUUCUCACGUUGACCUUAUUUCUAGGAGCUUUACUGAUUCUAUGUGUUGCUCUAUGUUUGUCCCAAAGAGCGUCUUUUCGCAGGCAAUUGAAAGCGGCGAACGCAUCACCGUUUGGUGCAUCGGAUUCGGAAUUUAUCAGAAGUCCUGGUCGCGUGCCGAAUACGAACAAACACAGUGUCGAAGGAUCGAAUCCCAUAUGGAUGCACGCUUACGAAAAUGAAUGGUUCAAGAGCGACGAAUCAUUCAGCCAUACCUCCGAAAGAGAUUCCCUCGACGAAAAUGCACUUAAUAAUGAAGAAAUGAUGAAUGAAGCUAAUACAAAUGUGGAGAGUAUCGAUGUUCAAAAUGACUUUGACAGAAAUUCACCAAUUUACUCGGGACAAAAUGCGAUUGUCAAUCCGUUGGGAAAAAAGAUCGAAACAACGGAAUUAUAG